GCAAACCUCACUGUAAGCCACACAUUUGCUGAUAUCUGUGGAGGUGCAAAGAAGAACUCCCACAAAAGCAGGGUCGUAGUUCAGAGUUUGUGGCUGAACUUCAGGACAGGAUGACACAACCUCCCCUCAGAGAGUGGAAAACUGGUCUUUUUGACUGCUGUGUAGAUUGCAAUACUUGUUGCUAUGGCUUCUGGUGCUGGCCUUGCCUUGCCUGUUCUGUUUCAGGAUUAUUUGGUGAGAACCAGUGUCUGCCUUUAUGUGACAUUCUGACUCCUGCUGCUCUUCUAGCCUGUGGGAUUCCUUUUGUUGUCCCCCCUGCGGCAAUAUCUUUGAGGGCUUCCAUUCGCCACAAAUAUCAUAUAAAGGGAUCCCUCUGUGAAGACAUGGCAAUUUCCUGUUUCUGUCUCUGGUGCUCCUGGUGUCAGAUGCAUCGUGAGAUAAAGAAUGGAGCUCCUGUCACUGUGGUGCAGCAGCCCACGCAACACACUACUGUGGUCAACGUKCAGRCUAAUCCUGUCAUGAUGGUUAAUCAAAACUCUAAUCCACCUCCUGCUCAAAUCCCUGCUCAAAACCAGUCUAUGUUUCAAAACUCCCCUCAAAGCCCUUMUUGGUUUCAGAACCCUCCUCAGUAYCCUGGUGGUAAUCAAAUCCCUCAAAAUCCUGUUGGGUAUCCAAACCCUCCUCAAUAUUCCACAGACCCAAAACCCUUUUAAAAGUCCUAAAGCUUAGAACAUCUGAACAAAAUUGUGGAAAAUGUAAGUUUCUYUGAUCAUUCAUGAUCAUGUUGGUUUAUAAUGGGAUUCUUCACUCUAUCCAAAGUAUCAAUUAACUGCCAAUACUUCCAAAAAAAGCGUUGAAUUUGAGUUGUUUGAGKUCAYAUGUGUAUUUMCUUUAUUAUAAACUUUGCAUGACUACUUUAUUAAUUUGAAAUGGAAAAUGUUGUUAAACAAAUUGAUUUAAACACAACAUCAAUAAUAAAAUGAUAAAUAAAAACUGA